CAAGAGCAUCCCUUCGUGUUCAGUUAGUUGCUGUUUCCAGCUCUAGCGCAGCAGCCUCAGCAGCUCACCAUCACUGAAUCCAGGGCAGCCAGUGGGGCAGGCAACUUUUUGGAGUGGGAGGGAAAUCAGAAAGGCCAGUGUCAGUGUGAAACAGUUGAUAAAUCUCUAGCACAAAGAUGAUGGCAUGUACAGAGAUGCUGACAAUGUGCUUGCUCUCUGCCAAGCACGCUUACCGCAUGAAAUCCACAGAGACCCCACAGCACUAUGGCAAGGGAUUAGCAAUCUUCCAAGAUAUUUUUCGAAGAGCUGACAAGAAUGAUGAUGGGAAGCUGUCAUUUGAAGAGUUUAAGAACUGUUGUGCUGAUGGCAUCCUCAGCUCUGAGGAACUGUGGGAACUGUUCAAUGACAUUGACAGACGUCAUUCAGGCAAUUUGGAGACCGAGAAGUUGUGUGAUUAUUUCUCAGAACAUCUUGGAGAAUACAGACAUGUUUUGUCUGCUCUGGAGCAACUCAACACCGCUGUCCUGUCAGCUAUGGAUAAAACCAAACUGGUAUAUGAGAGCUCCUCCAAGAUGGAACAGUUUGUGACCCGCUUCCUUCUGCGGGAGACAAUGAACCAGCUGCAGUCUCUGCAAGUCUCCCUGGAGUGUGCUGCAGACACUAUUGAAGAACAGGCUGGCCGAGAAAGGAAUAAUAUGAACAAAUCAGAAGCUUUGAUUGGCCAACGCACUACAAAAAGAUGUGGUCGAAGAAUUCAGAAGAACAUCUGCUUUUCCCCUACAGAUCCUUAUUCUGGGAUGCUGACCACAGGUGUUUGUGUGGAAACUGACAGCCAGUGGCCUUCUGAAAUAACCCAACUACAGCAGCUCAUUGGGAAACUGGAAUGUAAGAGUCCACGGCUGGAACCUUUGAAAUAUAAUACAGUCUGCAAAGGAACAGAUUCCCACAUCUUGGUGGCACAGAGACAGAUCUCAGUGGCAGAAAGUGGAUUACUGGCAUUCUGCCAAAUUCUCCAGAUCUACACAGAAAUCACAGCUGGACAGAGCAGCUGCCUACAUGUGUCUGCCCACAAACUGGUGAAUGAUGCCUGCUUCAUCCUUUACGAAUUCUGGCAAGAUGUAGUUUCUUGGAGAAGCCAUCUACAGUCAGAUAACAGUAAGAAAUUCCAUCAUGCCAUCACUGAUCUUUUGGAUGCUCCAGAGCUCUUGACCACUAUGUUGUUCCCAGCUUCCUGGUGGAUUAUGAACAACAACUGAUCUCCCCAUAAUACUAUCUCAAUGCAACCAGCAUGUGAUGGAUCAAGCACCAUCUUUCCAAUACAGCCUUCCUUCCAGAGGUGCCCAUUCUCAUCCUAUUCUCUGCAAUGUUGUUUUCCUUUUCUAUAUUAACGUGGAAUGCUUCCUUUCUUCUGCAGCCAUGCAAACAAGAUGGGCCUUACCAUCUUUCCUGAACAUGACUUAUUCCAUUCUUUAAUUCUGAUGUACAAUUUUCAUUCCAAACUGUAUAAUAGCCUUGCUAGCCUUUCUGGCUAUAAGAAGAGGCUAUCCCUGAAGCAAGGUGGACAGUGAUGCAACAAUUGAUUGGCCAUACGUACUGGUUCACAAAGGGAACAAAAUUAGAAUAUUUGGGCACAGUAAUUGUAAAAGUUGAAGGAGGAAGUCUUCUUCAGGGCAUACAUCAGUAUGUGUUUUUUGGCUCCACAAGAAGAUAUAGCAGGAGCUACUUCCCACAUCACUGAAUUUCAUUUGAAAUGGAGUCAUCAAUUAAUAUAGUGCCUAGACAAUCUUGUCUAGAACUUGCAUUUUUCCAGAUUCCUUCUUACCAGAUUUGUAUACUAAAUGCUAUGGUUGGGUUUGUACAAGCUCCAAAAUUCGUAACUCAAAUUUGAAUUUGGUAAUGUAUAUGAAUUCAGAAGCAAUGCACAUGAUGAUUUUCAGUAAUGAUGUUUGAAAGUAGAUUUCCUGGUGCAGUGUUGGUUUGGAAGUUUUGUAGUCCAGAUGUGAAUUCUAGUCCAUUAUUUGAAAUCAUUUCCAUUGUAUCAUUUUACCUUUAAAAGCAAAAGCAAUUAUAAUGAACAAAAAUAAAGUAGGAAAGUUUUCAUUUUACCACUGAUGAACAGCCUGCCUGAGCAUAUUAAGCAGAAUGGUAUGACAUUACACCUUUUUUUGCCUUCAUAAGUAUUCCAAAUAUUAGCCCAGAAAUACAAAAUUGGAAAUUUAAAGAAAUAUAACUUGGAAUAUAAAUUUGAAGGAGUAAACAGAUGGGGGUAAGAAUUUCACAAACAAGCAGCCUAGCAUAUCUUAAAACUGGUUCAAUUAAUUCUCUUUCCUAAGAACUGUAACUUUUUGAUAGGAAAGUUAUGAGUCUCCAACAGAAUAUCCAGCACCUUCUUUAAAUUUUAAUUCCCAGGAAAUGUUGGGAAAAGACAGGUUAAUUUUGUGGAGAUGGCCAUGAUCUCAUAUUUCCAGGCAGUCUCUACAGUAGCUGACUGAUCUUUGGCAAAGUGCAAUCAAGCACCACCUGUACUAUUAUAAAUAAAAUGGAGCUAAAAAUUAGAAAUGUGCAUGCUAUCUGAAAAAUUGAUUGAUUGAUUUCUCUGAAAUGGUACUUGGAUGCUGUGCCAUUUGUAUAUGGUUUUAUAUUUUAUGAGUGCUUCCCCUAUAAGACUGGGGAAAUUGUUCAUUUUCAAAACAAAAUGAGAAAGUUACAGUCCAAGGACAUAAAACAACAUUAUUAAUUUUACAAAUGCCUGAUUAUUUAACGUUCUUUUUGUGUAUAUAUAAUCAGUAGUCAAAACAUGGUUGUACCUCCACUUUCCUUGUCUCUUAAUAAACAAUUCUGUAUUCCUGCUUUAGACUGGUUAAAUUUUAGUCUGUUCCUUCUGAUUAAUCUUCCUAAAUUUCUUCAUGUGAAUAAUAGCGGCUAGAGAAAGUCAAAUUUUCCUGAUGAAAUUUCUUCCAAAAAAUGCUAUUUUGUAUUCUGUAAUAAAUGCUGAUGUGCU